UGCCUGUUUUGCUGUCGCUCUGCAGGCUUCGCUGGCGAACGGCCUGGCUUUGCGGGGAAUCCCUGCCCGACGUCACGCUCGUCCACAAGCAAACACCCUCCCGGCCUGGUUGCCUCCCCGGGGUUUACGAGGAAGGAGCCGGCCGGCAACUAUCUCAAUGUGGCAGGUAAUGUUAUUUCUCGCAAGUUCAGUGCGUGAGGUAGGUCAGGUAGGUAGGAAGUUAUAUCCGCACAUACACCACCACGCCCGCCCUCGAACUGCCAACAACGCGCACUUCCGCGUCUAGAGCGCGGAGCGAAGCAGGCUUAGCCAAAGAUGCCGUUCCAACACCGCCGCGCUGGGGCCACGGCCCCGGCCCCGCGACGAGCUCUGGCCGCUACCGUGUCUGCCGUGUCGCUCUUCAUGCUCGCGCUCUUCGCCCUGGCCCAGCUUGGAGGUUCGCAGUCGAAAGGAGGGCGAUUCGCGGCCAGGUUCGCGACCCCAGACCAUGCGGACAACCCGCUACUUUCGAAACCCCGAGCCGCUGCCGCCGGCGACAAGUAUCUCAUUGGCGUCGGCAAGGCUGACAUCACGGGGCCCGUGGUUGAGAUCAACUUUGGCGGCUAUGCCAAUAUGGCCCAGGUCGGGACCGGCCUGCGUCAGCGCAUCUACGCCCGCUCCUUCAUCAUCGGCGAGGUCGAGAACCCGCAGAACCGCUUCGUGUAUGUCGUCAUCGAUGCCGUCUUCGGCGACACUGCCAUUCGCAACGGCGUCCUCGAGGGCCUGGCCGCUCUCGGGCCCGGCUACUCCAUGUACGGCCAGUCGAAUGUCGCCUUGACCGGCACGCACUCGCACAGCGGGCCGGGCGGCUGGUUCAACUAUCUGUUGCCGCAGAUCACCAGCCUCGGCUUUGACCGCCAAGGUUACCAGGCCAUCGUGGACGGCACCGUGCUGUCGAUCAAGAGGGCCCAUGAAUCGCUUCAAGAGGGUUAUCUUGAUUUUGGAACGAUCCGCAUCGACGACGCCAACAUCAACCGGAGCCCGUACUCGUAUCUGGCGAACCCCGAGUCAGAGAGGGCGCAGUACACCGACGACGUCGACAAGAACUUGACCCUUUUGCGGUUCCAGAGGGCGUCCGACGGCAAGAACAUCGGUGUCUUGACCUGGUUUGCGGUCCACGGAACCUCGAUGCUUGGCAACAACACGCACGUCACCGGCGACAACAAGGGCGUGGCCGCCUAUCUGUUCGAGCAGUCCGUCAAGGGGGACAGCCGAGCCGCCGACGGCUUCGUUGCCGGCUUCUCCCAGGCCAACGUCGGCGACACCACCCCGAACGUCCUCGGUGCCUGGUGCGACGAUGGCUCGGGCCAGAUGUGCGACUUCAAGACCAGCACGUGUUCCGAUGGCAAAUCGCAGGCGUGCCACGGCAGAGGCCCGCUGUUUCAGAAGCUCGACCUCGGCGUGUCCAGCUGCUUCGAGAUCGGCCGGAGGCAGUUUUCCGGCGCCAAGGAGCUCUACGACUCGCUCGAUUCCCAGUCAACAGCUGUUGUGGGCCCAACUGUCAGAUCCUUCCACUAUUUCCAUGAUAUGCAGUACUACACCUUCCCCUUGGACAACGGGACCGUGGUGCAGACUUGCCCCGCCGCGUUGGGUUAUUCGUUCGCCGCCGGAACCACCGACUGGCCUGGUGCUUUCGACUUCAUACAGAAUGAUUCAGGAGCUCCGAACAACCCGCUCUGGCAGGUCGUGUCGGACCUGCUCAAGACCCCCACCGCCAAGCAGCAGCAAUGCCAAGGACAGAAGCCCGUCCUGCUCGACGUCGGCGAGAUGGACACGCCCUACGCCUGGUCGCCCAACAUCGUCGAUGUUCAAUCCUUCCGCGUCGGCCAGUUCAUCAUCAUUGUUUCACCGUCCGAAGCGACCACGAUGGCCGGCCGGCGUUGGCGCAACGCCGUCAAAGCCGCCGCGUCCGCGUCCUCCCUGACCGGCAACCACGAGCCUUACGUCGUCCUCGGCGGCCCGGCGAACACGUACGCACAUUAUGUCACCACGCCCGAGGAGUACAACAUCCAGCGGUACGAAGGCGCUAGCACCCUCUUCGGCCCCUGGGAGUUGCCCGCCUACAUCAACCUGACCUUGCAGGCCCUGCCCUACCUCUCCCCGACCGCGUCCGGCAGCCCGCCGCCCGGGCCCACGCCUCCGGACAACCGCAACAACAGCCUCAGCUUCAUCACGGGCGUCGUGCAGGACAACGCGCCCCUCGGCCAGAGCUUCGGAGCCGUCACCGCCCAGCCCGCCGGCUCGUACGCCCGCGGCGCCGUCGUCAACGCCACCUUCGUCGGCGCCAACCCGCGUAACAACCUCCGGCUGGAGGGCACGUUCGCCGCGGUCGAGAAGCUGGGCGCCGACGGCAAGACGUGGACGCAGGUGCUCGACGACGCCGACUGGCGGCUGGUCUACACGUGGACCCGCACCAACUUCGUCCUGGGCUACAGCGAGGUCACUAUCAGCUGGGAGACGGACCCGGCGCAGGACGCCGCCGGCACGUACCGCAUCAAGUACUACGGCGAUUCGAAGCCGCUGAUUGGGAGUAUCACCGCGUUUACGGGGACGAGCAACUCGUUUACGCUCGUUUGAGGGCGACGGAUGGAUGGAUGGAUAGGAUGGUACGGGGACGAUGACGGUAACGGGAAUCAUUUAAUGCGUGACGUACAGGUGUUUCUACUCUAUGGCUACCUUGCGGUAAAUAGCUUCCGUUUUAAACUAAUGCACAUAAAGUUCUAUGACACAAAUCGACAUGGACUGCUCUCCCAAUGACGGACAGACACGGACUUUCUUGCCCUCCAUCAAUCGUUCCU